AUGAACCUUCCAGAACCCCGCUCUCACCCCCAGCAGCGCCGCCAGCAGCAGCAGCUUCCUCCUCCUCCUCCUCACCCCCCUCGGGUCCAUGGCGGGGUCCGCCCCGGGGGCGCCGCCCGCGCGCGCUCCGGGGUGGGCGUGGCCUCGCCGUUUAUAAAAGCAGCGGAGAAGGGGCGUGGCUUGCCGGCGGCCCCGCCCCGCCCCCCGCGCAUGCGCCGCGCGGCGGCGGCGGCGGCGGCUCCGGGAGCGGCUCCGAGCGCCGGGCAGGGCGUGGCCAUGAUGGCGGCGGGCGGGGCCCGGGGAGCGAGGGACGGAGCCUUCGAGGAGGAGGAGGAGGAGGAGGAGGAGGAGGAAGAAGAGGAGGAGGAGGAGGAGGAGGAAGAGGAGGAUGAGGAGGAAGAAGCGGCCGGCGGUGAGCGGGGGAGGGGCGCGGGGGCGGGGCCUAAGGAGGCGCCGCCCGGGGCCCCGCCCGAGGACGACGACGGCGAAUCGGAGGAGGCCACGUCGGUGACGUCAUCGGGGGACAGCGGCGCCCCCUCCCCCCCCCGCCAACGGCUGCGCAGGUGCCCGGACCCGCCCACAGGGGGAGGAGAGCCCUCGAUCAUUCCCGGACCCGCCCCUGUGGGGGAGGGGGACGCCCCUGACCCCGCCAGCACAGCCGCCCUUGGUGGGGGAGGGGGCGUGCCCGUGGGCGUGCCCACCCCUUUAGGAGUGGGCGUGUCCCCGGUGGGCGGAGCUCCGGCUCCGGGGGGGGAGUGGCACCGCUGCCCCGAGUGUGGGCGUGGCUUCGGCACCUCGCGGGCCCUCAAGGUGCACCGCAGCUACCACCAGAGCCCCUCCCCCCCCUUCAAGUUCCACUACAUCUGCGCCGAGUGCGGCUCGGCUUCGUGGCCCCCGGCGCCCUCGGCGCCCACCGCUGCCACCGCGGCCGCCGCCGCCGCCGCCCCUCCCCCGCAGCCCGCAGCCCCUCCCCCCCCCCGCGCCGCCCCGCCCCUCCCCCGCCCCCUCCCCCGCCCCCCAGCCCCGCCCCCUUUCCGCUGCACCGAGUGCGCCGGCGCCUUCGGCCUGGUGGCCGAGCUGCACGAGCACUACAUGCUGCAACGCCCGCGGGGAGCUCUGAGGCCACGCCCACCGGGGGGAGGGACACGCCCGCUCGGGUGGGGACACGCCCACUGGGGCGGGGGUGCGGCCGGGGCCACGCCCGGUGAGGCCCCCGUGGUGGGGGGAGGGGCGAGGAGGAGGAUGUCGGUAACAGGAAGUGAUGUCACGGAUGACGGAGGGCGUGGCCUGGUUGAUUUAUUUUGGGGGGGGUGUGGUUGAGGGGGGGUGUGAUGU